AUGAAUGGCACGCAGCAUGCCAAGGGUCAAUCAUAUAACAUGCUCGACGGCAUUCAGUCCUAUGCCGGCUCAGAAACACUUCACAAUGGAGAGGACCUUUCCCGCUUUUUCGAUCCCGAACUCUUCGAGUCUACCGCAAUUGGCAAAGGCUUCUCUCAGCCGUCUCUCCCCAGAUCCGACGCAGGUGCUGGCCGGCAGUCGCAUACUCCAGACAUCCACCAGUACAAUGCUCCUCAGCAAAAUUACUCUCAACCUCAGUACUCGCAAGCAUUCUACAACUCUCAGCAGAUGAAUCAGUCGACGUUUGAUCCUAGAUUCUACACGCGACCUUCUCCCACCCCGGUUAGUUUCGAUGGAGGUUAUCAGUACCAGUCGCCCAUGGGUUUCACGCCUCAGCAUUUCGCUCCCCAGCAAAUGAACAUUCCGCAACGGCAGACUCCUACUCCCACUCAGAGUUAUCAACAAAGACAGCAGCAGCCUGCUCAAUUCGUCAGCAUCGCACAGCGUCCGUCACAGUUGUCACAUGUCCAGAGCGCGGAUAUGAUGCGCUUCGGCACUUUCCAUGUUCAAGAUCAAGGCCAACAACUGUCAAACCGUUUCGUAGAUCCUUCCAUGUUGACCGCUAACCAGCCCACGAACACAAGCACAAACGGCAACAACACUUUCCAAGCCCAACAAUCUUACCUACCGUCUUCGUACUUUAACUCUGGACCUACCGUGGAUCCAAGAUCAUUGCAAAGUCCACAAUUGAUGCCUUCCGCAAAAUCACCUCAGCCGGGUAAGGAGAAUCGCGCAGAUUUUGGACGUUCGCUGACGGGAACAGUGGUGAUCGUACCCAAGCUUGAGCAAGCAACGAAGUCUACGGCCGCCAAAGAUCCAACUGCGCCGAAGAAGCCACGAGGUCGACCGCGGAAGGAUGCUUCUGCACAAGCUGGAGGUCAGUCUGCUGGGUCGGCCGCGUCUUCUGAUGACGAGCUAGAGAUCGAGGAUGAGGAACCUCCAGAGAUGACCCCAGCCCUACUUGCCGUGUCCAUGCCCGCCGAUGAACGUGGCAGGGCUCUCUAUCGUGCUGUACAAGCUGUCUGGAGUCCCCGCAACAAACCAGUUGAUCCCGAGAAGGUUCGUGGAGGUAUUGCUAACUACGGUGACACGAUUCGAGGUUUGAGAGAUGCCUGGAAGACCAAGAACGAAACGCUUAGAAAGGCUGAGCUUCCAAAUUCGCCAACGGCUGCACAAGCUGCUGGGUUGAAGGAGGAGGUUGCGCGCUAUCGACAACUCCUGGAAAUGGUCAUGAUGAGAUCCUUACAGUACAGCCAUCCAGCGAUUCUCAAGAGACUAGGUGAAAACCAAUUCACAAUGUCAGCGUUAUCCUCCUUCAUCCUCGACAGAAUCAAUGUCUCGGAUUUCGACAGUCCGCUUACCUAUGCGAUUCUUAAGUUUGUUGUUAAUUUCGAGACGCUCGACUCGGAAAUGCUGGAAAUGACGAAGCUGUCGAAGAUCCUGCAGCGACUAACAAAGAAAGCGACGUCCGACAUUAAGACUUUGGCUCAAACCGUUCUCGACAACGCGGCUGCUGCUUCAGCAAAGAAGGCUGCCGCUGGCAAGUCUGACAAGCCAGGCUCGCCUCGCUUUGUUGGCAGUCCAGCAGAAGGGCCACGGAAGGACGUCAGUGCUGGGAUCAAGCGUGUCAGAGAGGGUGAAGCAGCCAGUCAGCCAGCUGCUAAGAAGGUCGUUAAAGUGAUUCCUCAGGCUUCAAAGCCUCUCGCUGUCCGACUGGAAGAGAAGAGAAAGGCAGAGGAGGCGGCUAAGCGUGCUAAAUCGGGGGAGAAGACUGCAGCGGCGGUAUCAACAGCGGCAGCCAGUACUUCUGCUGCCAAUCCAACCACAAAAUCCAAAAUCGCGGUCACUGCUCCUCCGAAGGCUUCUAUCUUUGCGGCUCUGAGCUCCGUGCCCAAGAAGCCAGGCACGUCAAAUGCUGAACGCGCCGCGGCAGCCGCGAAGGAAAAGCCUAGUCCAGUCACUGCUCCUUCUGUGCCCCCGCGGACCCUCAAAAAGGAAUCACCUCCGCGGAACAUUGGGCCUACGCCCGGCGCAAAGAGUGCAACCUCGUCGUCCUUUUUAGGCGUUUUGCUUGACAUGGAGAAGAAGCCAGACAAGGAGGUGAAGAAGGAGACGGAAAUUCCGCAUGAGACAGAAGAGCAAAAGAUGAAACGGCUGCGUAAGGAAGCUCGACGGAAAUUGAGAGUGACGUGGAAAGCGGACGACAAGCUCGUGGAGACUCGUUUCUUCACCCAUGAUCCGGAUGAAGAGCUUGGCCAAGGUGACCGCCUCAAGGCCAAUGCCGGCGGCGGUCGUGAAGGUGAAGCGCUCAAGCUUCACAAAAACAUGGAGGACCUGGAUGACGAAGAGGACGAGGACUCGUUUGAGGAAUUUGAACCGUAUACACCGCCCUCGGAAGUGGACUUCACGUAUCUCGAAGACCCUUCACUUGGCGACGAUUCACCACACAAGACUAAUUCUUCCAAAUUCGGAGGCUCUCUGAAGCCUGAAAGUCGGAGCAGGGAAGCUCAAGACAAAUACGAACAAGACACACUCAUGGCCAUCUACACGUCCAAGGCCGAUCGGCCACCGACACCCAAGGAGCCCACGGAAGAGGAGGACGAUUUCGAGCCUGCCGAACCCGAAACUCCCUUUGGCGAGCCGACCGAGCUGACUCGCGAGCGCGAGAAAGCGCAUCAAGCACGACAAGUUCGAACGGUACCUCAGUCCUCAUCGACGAUCGACUUGAACGCACUCGCACAAGCCAUGGCCGCGCAGCAGAGACCCCAGCAACAACCGGCAGGACUCACACCGGAACUCCAGCGGGCUCUGGGCAUGUUCGCUCAACCGGCCCAGCCUAGUCCAGUGCCUCAAGCCGCGCCUGCCCAGGGUGUGAAUCUCCAAGCAAUCCUCCAGUCAGUCCUUGGUCAACAAAUGCAAGGUCAAACUCAACAGCCUGUGUACCCCGCCGCCGCCACCACCACCUCCACCGAGACUGCUCCAUAUGCACAGAAUAACCUCAGUGCGCUUCUGGCCUCGAUGCAACAGGGCACCCAAGGUGCGUCGGCUGCUAACGCACUUUCGCUCGGUAUGGGCGGCAAUCCCAAUCCGUUUCCCGGCGGUGUUGAAGACUCGUCGCGCAAGCACGGCCGAAGUGACUCUGACGGCAUCGAUGAUGAGUAUGGCAGAAAAGGCGGCAACAAGAAGAAAAAGGCCGACGCAAAGCCGUACAACUACAAGACUCAAACCUGCACGUUUUGGCAGCAGGGCAAGUGUCUAAAGGGGGAUUCGUGCACCUAUCGUCAUGGCGACGAGGAUGAGUCGUGA